AUGUCGGUCCUGCUUUUGUACACCAUUACAACUAGGAACGCGAAGCUUCGCUUAAGGAGAUGGACUCGCGACGAGAGUGGAGGGGUAGAGGACGUUCGCCACUGGUCAUUGGUUGCAACACCCCGCGUCCGGCGCCCCGCCCCCCACUUGCACGUACAGCGGGGCAAUAACUUGCGAACGGGUACCAGUUAUGCCGCGCUCGCGUUACGUCGGUUCCGGGUUCCGGGUUCCGCACAGCUGGUUCUGAGCGCCUCGGGAACUUGUUCGAACGCCAUUUUCGGAAAAACUGUGAGUGUGGUUGGGCGGCCGGCGCUGUGCUCUACACAUCUACGCAUGGGACGAGUGCGCCAGACAUCUGUUGUAGGGGCCCUUGUCUUAUCAACAUUGAUGCCCAUGCGGGCCCUUGUCCACUAUGGUGCCACGACGGCCCUGUUGCAGCGAGCCAAGGGAGCAUGCUACGGGCAGUGCCGUCAGCAGCAACAUCGGCAGCGCCAGCGGGUCCGCAGACUGAUGCCUCUAUCGUCCGCCUCUGCCAGUACGACUCCCGAUCGAGAGGCGUUUGCCGCCGUUGAAGAUUCGACAACCGCAGUAGCACAACUGCGCGAGCUUCUCGAUGCUGCGGGCGGGUCGGUGACGGCGCUAACGGGCGCUGGCAUGUCGACCGACAGCGGCAUCCCGGACUACCGCGGCCCCAAGGGGUCGUACUCGCGGGGGCAUAAGCCAAUGACGCACGACGAGUUUUUGUCGUCCGAGGACAACAGAAAAAGGUACUGGGCUCGAUCCACGUUCGGGUGGGAUAGCUUCAGCAGAGCUAGGCCAAACGAAGCUCACGUUGCGCUAGCGGGGCUAGAAGCGGCGGGAAAGGUGGAUUCUGUCAUCACACAGAAUGUGGACGGGCUUCACCAAAAGGCCGGAAGCCGGAACGUUGUCAACUUGCAUGGUAGAAACGACAAGGUGGGUUGCAUGUCGUGCCGAUUCGAGUCUAGCCGAGACGCCUACCAGGAAAACCUCUCGCGAAUCAAUGCCCGGUGGAUAGCCAAGCAUUCACCGGACUUGGAGGGAACACCUGCCGGAGUGGCAACGACGCCCGGGGGCACCGCAGUUGCGAAAACGGCGAGGGCCGGGGGGGACCCCGACAUGCGAUUGAGGGCCGACGGGGACGCGGAUGUGGAACCAGGGGCAUACCUCGGGGAGUUUGUUGUGCCUGCGUGUCCGCGGUGCGGAGGGAUUUUGAAGCCGACCGUGGUAUUCUUCGGAGACAACAUCCCGAGACAGCGGGUGGAGGACACGUAUCGCAUCGUGGACGAAUCGGAGCUGCUGAUUGCCGCGGGAUCGUCGUUGCAGGUAUACUCGGCGUAUCGCCUAGUAAAGCGGGCGGCUGACGCGGGCAAGAAGGUUGUGGUGAUAAACCUAGGGGAAACGCGUGCGGAGCGGUCCGGCCUGGACAUCCUUAAGGUGGAAGCCGGAGUCAGCAACGUUUUGCCGAAGUUACUCCUCUAGGCUGUUAGGGGGGCAAGCCACGCCGGCCGGCUGCUUUGGAAAGCCCACCCCACUAUUAGUAUCAUACCCGCUCG